ACGAAAAGGCGGCCUUGCGCGCGUACUUUACUAAGAACCCUACCCAGGAGGAGAAAGCGUCUACUAUUCUACCGACCUUUGAAUCUAUAGAAAGCAUGAAACGUCGAAUAGUUGUUGCAAGAUAUAGGGCAGAUUUUCUAGCACUCGACACUUCCCAUUGCGCGAAUAUAGUGAAAGGGGAAUUUUUUAAAUUGGACAAGUCUACCAUCACAGAAUCUUCAUUUAAGGAACUCUUUGGGACCAACGAAUAUAUCCUUAUCCGUCGUGAUAUGGAAGUUCUAAUUGAUGAAUUGAAGAAAGGUCCCUUCACGGAGCGAACGAAUUUAACAUACCUCUUGAAAGGCGCGGGUGGGGUUGAAAGUGUGCGAGUUUUUGGAACCAUGGGCCUUGCGAAAUCAGGACUAAAGCAACUUCCGUCAUCAUCAAAAGUUACAAUGUUUGAUGCGGCUAUGGAAGCAGCAAAGGAUAUUCAAAAUUCGGUCGUACUCUUCAAUUUUCUCGUUGAAGAUCUCCAGAGGACAGUUCGGGUUCCUGUUGUUAUUUGCAUAGACCAAUAUAACGCGUUCCUUGUGGAUCAUGAGGCAGUUCUGGAGUAUAACAAGGCGCCGACCACUAUAUCAUGGGGAAGCAAUCCUAUUGGUAGGAUAUUCUCCGACUGGAAUAACUUCAAUGUCCAACGAGGUGCCGUCCUAUUUGCCUUCACAUCUUCCUAUCACGGCGGUAAAACAGCAAUUGAUGGAAACUCGAGACUAUUUACACGUAUUUCACCCUACAACAACGAUGAAUGGGCUAAAAUGACCAAUCGUUACACAGACAGUUUGCCUCCCGAUACUGGUUUCCUAAGGAACUUUGUCGGUGGUAUACCUAGAGAACUCGGCCGCUUCAUGAAGAUUUGGGCUAAGGAACGUCAUAAUGGGGUAGACAACGUGAUGAAACUUUAUACUAAGGAUGCAACAGAUUAUUAUAAAGAAAGAAUUCAGAGGUUGUUGGAUAAGAAGAGAAUGAAAGAAGAUGUCAAGGAAAGCACCGUAUUCGCAGCAAAAAUUUUUAUGGGAUCACCUAUGGAUGAUGUACCAGAUUCGUGGGAAAAUUCUGGGAUGGUGGUGGUACGAGGACAAACUUGUAAGUUAUGCUGCCCUGCAGCAGAGUUGGCAAUAUUUAAAGCGUUUGACGACAGCCACACAAAAAAUGCCAUCAGCAUAUUGAGAGGGGAUAAAACGAUAAGCUGGCGGGUGCUAGAGCUCUGUGUGCAACAUCGCUUUCGGAUGGCAGCUAUGAGCGCCAAUAUUGUUGAAAUGGAGUAUACGGAUCUAACACAAAAAAAAGAAAAAGAAAAAAUUCAAAUAUCUGCCCAAAACAUCAUUAUUCAUAACGAUAUUCCUGUCGAGCUUCCGACCAUUCAUCCAGGAACAGUUUAUAUUUGUUGGCGAGGCGCAGCUGUGGUCGAUUUUUUUAUUUACAAUCACGAUUGCAAGAAGAUAUUUCUACAAGUAUCCGAACAACCUUAUGCAAAGCACAAAACUAAACUUCCCGAUCUAUUUACCACCACCAUAACCCGUCAUAACCUUUCUGUUUACGACUUUUUUUCAAAAUGCAUUGACGAGACAUAUGAUCCAUCAGAUCGAAAUUCCCUGGACGAGAAUGAUUAUUAUGUUUAUUUGACUACUAGCGACAGUAAGAUGAAAGUACCAGACGAAAUUCACAAAAAAGUCUGCUUAAUUCCUGGGAAACUAGCAAAAUCAUUUCUUCGUUUGUAUGAAUAG